AUGGCCAACAGCAACCUCCCCCGCCGCAUCAUCAAGGAGACGCAGCGGCUGCUCAGCGAGCCAGCUCCAGGAAUCAGUGCCUCGCCAUCAGAGGAGAACAUGCGCUACUUCAAUGUCAUGAUCCUUGGACCGUCGCAGUCACCAUAUGAGGGAGGAGUUUUCAAGCUCGAGUUAUUCUUGCCUGAAGAUUAUCCAAUGGCUCCACCAAAGGUUCGUUUUCUCACAAAAAUUUAUCACCCUAACAUUGACAAGCUUGGUAGGAUAUGCCUUGAUAUUUUGAAGGACAAGUGGAGUCCUGCCCUUCAGAUUCGAACAGUUUUAUUGAGCAUCCAGGCAUUGCUUAGUGCUCCAAACCCUGAUGACCCGCUUGCCGACAAUGUGGCGAAGCACUGGAAGGCUAAUGAAGCUGAAGCUGUAGAAACAGGGCUUUCAGUUGAUGGUUUAAAUGUAGGUGGACGGUCCGGCAAGGUGGACAAGAUGGCGCUGACAAUUGGGCUGCCGUCUGUUGGGAACGCCCUUUAG